AUGUCAUCAUCAUCAUCAUCUUUGAUUAAUACACUUCAUAUUAUUCAAACAACAUUAACUCUCUGCUUUUAUCCAAUAUGGCUUAUAUUGGGCAUAAUCGGAUGUUUACUCAACCUCAUUGUUUUUUCUCGUCCACAUUUACGAAAAAUGUCCUGUUCUAUUUACUUUUUUGCAACAUCUAUAGAUCAUUUAAUGACAUUACUUGUUGGCAUUGGACCAGCAUUAUAUAGUCUCUCCUAUCCUAAUCCACAAAUAGAAUCACUUUUAUUUUGUAAAUUACGUGGUUAUAUAUUUCAAAUAUGUUUAAUGCUUUCUCGUUGGUUUAUUGCAUUUGCUUGUAUUGAUCGUUAUGUAUUAACUUCAGAUAAAGUUAAUUUAAGAAAUUUUGCUAAAUCAACUAUAGCAUAUCGUAUAAUUAUAAUUAUUAUUUGUUUUUGGUUAAUUAUUUGUUCUCAUAGAAUUAUAUUUUAUGAUAUUAAAGGAAAUUUAUGUGGUAUUGUAAAUAAUAUGGCAGCAGCUAUUUAUCAUAGUCUUUAUGUUAUUAUUGGAGGUGGUAUAUUUCCAAUUAUGAUUAUGAUAAUAUGUACACGGCUUAUUCGUCAAAAUCUUGAAUAUAAACAUAAAAAACGAAUAGAAUUAUCAGUAAGUAGUUAUCAACGAAAUCCAUCUGAUCAACAAGUUCUUAAUAUAUUAUUUGUACAAAUAAUAUGUUAUAUUAUAUUUACAACACCUCAAUUAUGUAAUUUAAUGUUUAUUACAAUGUCAAUUACACUUCAUAAUCGAUCAAGUGAACAUUUAGCUAUUGAAUCAUUUUUUAGUUUUCUAGCAGAAUUAAUUCUUUAUUUAUUUCCAGUUACAUCAUUCUAUUUAUAUACACUUACAUCUCAUACAUUUCGUAAAGAAUUAAUUAAAUCUAUUCGUUUAAUAAUUGGUCGACAUAAUCGAUUUACAUCAAUAAUAGACAAUAAAAGUGUUGUUUAUCAUGUCGAACAUCAGCAAAAUACAAUAAAUGUAUGUGAAAAUUCAGUUAAGAACAAUUGA